AUGUCGCCCCAAGUCUGGCUCGUUACUGGUACUUCUUCCGGCUUUGGCUUGGAGCUCGUCAAAGAGAUAGUGGCCCGGGGCGAUCAAGCGAUUGCAACAGCACGUAAUGUGGAGCAGAUUGCUCACCUGAGAGACAUCGGCGCUGCGACUUUACAACUUGAUGUCACAGAACCUCAGGAGGUGCUCAAUCGCAAAGCCGAAGCGGCAAUCUCAAUCUAUGGAAAGAUUGAUAUACUGGUGAACAAUGCAGGACAUACGCAGCUUGGUAUUCUUGAAGAAAUGAGUCACGACCAUUGGCUCUCACAGUUUAAUACGAACGUCUUCGGGGCUGUGAACACCACCCGGGCUUUCCUCCCUCACAUGCGGAGCAACAAGUCUGGUGUAGUGAUCUUUAUUGGAUCGUUGGUUGCUUGGGAUGGUUUCCCGGCUCUCGGAGCAUACUGCGCCACGAAGGCUGCGAUCCACUGCGCUUCCGAGUCUUUAUCUAAAGAGCUCGAGCCAAUCGGAAUCAAAACCCUUCUUGUAGAGCCCGGGGCGUUUCGCACGGAGCUUCUCAACAAGCCAGCAAGCCAGAGGGCCGUCUCCAAGUUCGAAGAUUAUCGACCUAUCUCGGAGACAGUGGUGAAAAACUUUGACGACUUCAACGGGAACCAGCCUGGGGAUACGGUGAAAAGUGCUCAGCGCAUUGUUGAUAUUGUGAAAGGAGAGAAUGGCGCUGCCGGUAAGCCGUGGCCGGGCACGCUGCCGCUGGGGUCUGAUGCAGUUUCGGCUAUUCGGAAGAAAUGUGAGGCCACACUUCAGGACAUUGAAGUGUGGGGAGAGUUCGCCAAGUCGACAGACUUGUAA